AUGCAUUCUGGGGAAGUGUUUUUUCCGCAGCGCUGCAGUCACCUUUCCUGCGCGUUCAACGCUCUUGGGGAGCUUCGAGUGGCGAUGGCCUUGGCGGAUCGGUUGCUUUUUUUGAAGGAGGGAACGCUGUGCGCAUGUGGGCCUCUUUUUAACGAUCCGGGAGGGGAGCAAGUGGGAAGUGAAAAAAAUACGGAGGCAGCGACCUUGCGUCAACUUCGCUUUUGCCAAUUUAGUGAUGAAAUCCGAGUGGCUGUGGUGGGGACAAAUGGGGUAACUGUUGUGGAUGUCAGCGAGGGCGACAUGCAACUGAGGCACAGACGGGUUCUGGUGGAAAGCCACCUUGGUACCUCUACGGUGAAGCGAUGUGCAUCUUCUUUCUUUUCUUUGGCAUCUGUUUUGCCCCAGGGGGAAGCAACUUCGUUUUCAACGCCAUCGUGGAUGUCAGGGUGGGAUGCGUCAGUGCGUCGCGAGGAAGUGCGUGGUGCGGUGGACGCGGAGUUUACCUCAGUUUCCUCGCUCGCCAUUGUUUUGGGUGACAGGGCAGUGGUAGUCGAAAUUGGCGCAGAUGGUGACAUUGUCAAGUGGCGCAGUUGGGGUUCCUACAGUACAGUGGCCGUUUGCCGCACGAAUCUGCAUCUUGCAUUUGUUGUGAAGUCCUCUGCUGUGGAGGUGUUUCCGCGGAGGGUGAGGCGUUGCCAGGAGGCCGCCUCGUCGCUACCUUCCCUGCAGGAGGAGUGUGAUCCAAGCAUUCUAUUCCCACCCUCGCAUGCGAAGGCCUCAUUCAAUGGGAAGGAUCCCAAAAAGUGUGACAAAUUUGCCUUGCGCGGAGUGCUAGCAAAGUUAGGGGUUUACAAAGUAGCAGCAGUUGAGUGGCACCAUAUCGCCGCCCAUACAAUUUUGUGCGUCACAUGUCAACAUCCAAAUGACGAUCAGAUUUCCAUUGCUCUUUUCGUCGUGCAGUUCAUACCAGAGGUAUGGACAUCGCGGCAGAAGCUCGGGGAAAACAGUGAAACUGAAUUAACGCAACGUAAGGAGAGUGAUCACUCAUUUCAGCUUGUACCUUUUGGGACAGUUUCUUUUGGUUCAAUGUCGUAUUCUCUAAGAGCGCAACUCGUUCCAAGUUUUUGCCGUUCUAUCCACACAAAAUCCUUGAGUAACAAGCUGGAAUUUCUUUGCUUCGAGGAUGACGGUACAGUGCGUUCUGUAUGCUACCGAUUUGGUCGACAGAAGUUAGGGGGAUUCCCUAUGCAGCGCUCUGCCGGUGUUAAAGCCUCCAAAUUGUUACUGCCAUUACAAGAGAAUUAUGGAAAAAUUGUUCGUGUGGAUGUUCUACCGGUCUGGAAAUUCCGGGCCGUUGAGCUUGGCGCCUUUACCCCUCAAGCAGAACAGCUUAUGAGGACGCGGAGGUAUCGUCUGCUGACGCACUUCGCCAACGGCAUGGUGGCGAAGGUGAUGAUUGACCUUUUAACGAUGGUCAUACGUGUGGAGGCGUUCCUGACGCUUGGUGUCGAUUCACUGCCUCUUUGCCUCUCCACAUCUCGGGGCAAUGAUGGAGAGGUGCUGCUUUUGGGAAUCUCACACGAGCGCGCGUUUGUCAUUGAGCAAGUUACGAGAGAUCGUGGUGUCGCUGAAACGACACUUCUUGCAGUAUCUCCAAUUUCUGUGGAACACCGCCAACGAAUGCAGGGGCUGCGGAAGUGCGGCGCCACGAUGGACACGUAUGACACCGUUGCUGGAGAUGAAAAGAAGGGCGAAGAGGAGGCUGUUAAGCUUUUUGUGGAGGCGAAGUGCCCUGAAAAAGCGCGUAUGAUUCCGUCGCUCAUGAAGGCGUGCGGUGGGGAUGCAGGGAAGCUUCUAACCCGGCUGGCAGCGAAAUACGGCCCAAUCGAGUCACCAGAUGCGCCUCACAAGGAGGUUCAUGCCAAUGAUGAUCCUGGUAGUGUUUUGGAUGCACACUCGAAAUUGUCUUCCUCCGCCUCCUCCUCCUCCUUGUUGCCACUGGAGACGGGAUUUCGGCUGCAGCAUGUGCAGUUUACUGCGGAGGGUAUCUGUUGCUCUACGAGACAUUCAAUAAACGGUAGGGAGGAGUGGUGGUGUAUUCCUACCACCAUUCUCGAGAACUUUUCGGCAGUGCAAAGCGAACUGGUUGUACCCGCGGCAAGAAUUCCUGCGAUAGCACCGAUGCGCUCCUUAAAUGCUGCGCCCAUUGAAGAACUCCGCCACUUUGACGACAAGGAAGUGUUUUGCGAGUGGGUGGAAAGCCUUAAAAGCAUCACGGUACGGGCAAAAUCACUACCCGAUAAUCCUCCAUUGUCAUUUCAGCCCUUUGAAAACUUCCCACGGUAUCGUGUGGAUGAAGUCAAGGCGACCAGGCUUGUGAACAGGGCAGUUAUUGUUGGUGUUAUGGGCACAAUAUAUGGCGCGGAGACGAGAAGGGUGCUAUGGCUGUACGGACUGGACCUGCUCCGUAACGUUGCAGCACCACCAAUGUUUUUUCUGGAGUUGAAGAUGGAAGAUGUGCUGUCGUUUGCUCUGAGUCAAAAUUCCACUGUUUUUGUACUGCACCGGCACAAAGACGUCAUCGAUCGGUGGAUUCGGGUUGCUACGGGUGGGGAGGACGGCUUUCACUGGGAAGGGGGUCCUGCACACGAUGAGGUUAGUUGGCGAGGAGAAAUCACGGCUAUGGCCCCAUUAUGGGCUGAAACAAAGGGUCCUAACAAGGGAGAGAUGCAAUUGGAGAAGCUGCUGUUUUCUUCUUCCGAUGGCUCUUUUAUUCAUGCCUGGAAUACUCCACCCUCUGCACCGGCGACUUUCAUGCAGUCGCGGAUUGAUAAUUUCAACACGGAUUCCACCGUGGAGAUAUAUCAUCCUACGACACUCCUUGUGCUUCUGAGAAUGGGGAGGUGGCGAGCGGUGCGGUUUAUACUAGAGUACGUGCUCCAGUUCGCUUGUGCAAUGAAUGCUGAUGGAGUCUCUGUCACAGACGACAUCAACCCGAGCGUGUUGGCAAGGGAGUUUUGUCACAACCCAGUAAGCAUCCGGCUCUGUGAGAGGUCUUCUGUGGCGCAAGGGGACCUGGAUGCCACCACCUUUUCCGCCGAAGUCACAAUUAAUAUUGACUUGCAGAUAGAGCGUCUCCUGGAAAUGGAUGAAAAGAGUGAUGGCCCUAGUGUGUCAGAUAAUGGAUUCACCCCGGAAAUGCUCGAGAAGGUCAUGGAGCUGCUUUCCUUGGCGCAGCUUCGGGGCCUUAGCAGCCAAGAACAGUUGGGUCUUGUCUGCGUUGUGGAUGCCAUACGAGCGGUGUGUUUGUUUACUAUUGGCAUGGACGUGGCAGCCUCAAAGUUUUUUUUCUUGCACAAACUAGGCCAACUUUGGCGACGUCUGGGCGUGCGUGAGACUUUCAAAAACAUCAUUCCCCAUACGCACACUGCAUUCUUGUGGGCGGCGCUCUCCGACGCACAGCCACGGUUGCUGCAUGACCUCCUGGACGGGAAUGAUGGGAAGGAUGCUGUCUCGUGGACCGAUGUGGAGGCUGCCGGGGUGCCAUUCUGGUUAAGGUCGCUGCAGGGGCUGCGGACACUGGCGGAGCGGGUGGCACGCGGACAGUACCAGGCAACAAGGGAUGUAAGAGAAUGUGCUCUCAUGUACAUUCUUGCUGGGAAAGUUGGUGUUCUUGCGGCCCUGUGUAAGGCGGAGCGAAACGCGAAACUGCACGCUUUUUUUUUGCGAAAUUUCAAUGAAUCAAAGAAUAAGACAGCCGCUGCCGGUAAUGGGUUUGCAGCUGUGAGCAAGAAUAUGGUGGCAUAUGGCGCGGCCUUUUUUGUUCUUGCAGGGGAGUUCCGAAAUGCCACUCAAGUUCUUCUGCAGCGUCACGGCAGCAUUGCACUUGCCCUGUUGGUUUUGCGCUUGGCCAGUAAUGACAAUCGGGAUGAUUUGCUUUGGUUUAUUGAGCAGCGAGUCCGUGAGGAGGCAGAAUAUGGACCGAUGAACGUCUGGGAAGAGGCGUGCCUGCUCUGGCACUGCGGACUGACCCGAGAGGCCCGUGGGUUGCUUUCACGUCAUGUACCGCUGUGCGCCGUUGAGGCUGCCGAAAUUGUGAGCUUCUUGCGGAAUGAGCGACGGCACGUGCGUGGGGAAGGACUAACUCCUUUGCGGGAGCUGCUUUUGCUUAUGCAUAUGACUCGCCUCUCACACGCCAAAGGGAUGCAACUGCCAGCAAUGAUGAGCUGUCGCGAAGCGGAGGCGCUGCUCGCACAGGUGCGAGGUGCAAAGGCAGAGGAGCACAAGGCAGUGGCAGCGAAAAUAACCUUUGCUACACGUACCAAAGCUGAUUUUAACACUGGCACAUUGACGUUUCACGGCUUUGGUCUGGAUGAUGAGGAUGAUGAGUAUGCUGGAGGAGAGCAUGGGAACGAUAGUAAUAACAUUCAUGGCGUCGAGAAAGAUGCACUUGACGCAAAAGUGGCGUCUACAGCAGUUGCACCUUCAAGAAUGGUGUAUCACGAGGAAGAAGAGGAUGCGAGUCAGAUUGAUGUUAUCUCAGCGGUGGCACUGGAAAGGGAGCUGGAGUGGGCUUGGAGCCGGCUUCAUGGCACAAUUCCAGCUGAUGGCUUGACAGAAGAUAAAGACGGCGGCAGGGGUACUGUGCAUGCAUUUCUCGUUUGUACGGCUCGCAUGGUGGCGGAUGUUGGCAGGCAUAUGCCCAUAGCUCGUGUGGAGAAUCGUUUGGCAUGUUUCUUGAAAUCACUCUUAUUGUUGCAGAACUCUCGUGCUGAUCCACUGUCCGAUGAACCCUUGCCAUUACCCAUGCAGGGUGUUGUAUCGCGUCUUGUAAUUGUCGCCGUGCGCCUGGUGCUGUUGUCAGUAGCAAUUCAGAAUACGGACUACGCGCUGGCGAGCGCCUUGCUGGAGUUCCCAACGGUGGUGAAGGUCCUUCGUGAGCAAAAUUCGGAGACGGCAACGUUGGAUUCUGUCCUGUCAUAUGUGCGCGGACUGCAAGGCGUCCUGAGGCGCGUACGGGCUAUGACUAUGGAGCAACUGAAAGAAGAAGAGACGGGAGAGGUUGGGGCCUUUUCACCCUCUCAUGAAUUGUUAAACACCGGAAAAGAUGGCGGCCCGUUGUUAUGGGCUACAAUGUAUGAGGAGAAACUCCGCUCGUUGCUGAUCCUCUGGAGUGCCGCAUUCCUGCAUCUGUGUGCGCUGAGCGAGCUGCGGGAGGAGGUUCAUUACAUACGGGGCGUCUUUGCGGAUCUCUCGCAUCCACCGCAGUACGCAAAAAUCAUGCUGUGGUUGCUUGGCUGUAUGUUGUGCCGCGUCACAUUGGCGUUCAACACGGCCGCCUCACAAGUGGUUGGCCACGUGGUGGCCGUGCGGCAACUAGACGACGGUCUUCUCACGAACCCCAACGGUAUUUUCAUUGAGGAGGAGCAGGAGCUGCGACGGGUGGCGGAGUUGCUGGAAAGUAACCUUCUUUUCAACAUAGAGGAUGCGGCAACGCAGCAUCCAGUGCGGACAGUCUUGCUGGACCUUUGCGUGGCCCAUGCAGAGUUUUUUUGGCAGUUUCCUAGCAUAAACGCAGCGAUAUCCACCGAUACCGAUCAAGUUGUGCUGUUGCUGCGGGAUGCGACACAACCACACACUACAGCACAUCUUCUUUACGGGCAGUUGAGUGAUGGCGCAGUGGCGACGCUUCGGCACAUGGAGGUGACUUGGCUGCGGCGCGUCCACACACAUGCGGGCUUUUGUGAGAUGAUGCUGGAGGCGGCCCUCUGCGGUAGUUUGGAGCAGAUCACAACAACAGACCGGUUAGUGCUCUAUCAAUCCCAUCGUGCAAUAUGCUCUGUCGACUACGAUCGCUCCAGUUGCGAGAGCCUUGUGUGGGGCACCGACGCCGGUGCGGAAGUAAGUCACGGCUACCGCGAGAUAUUGGCGGGCGACAACGAGGCCGCGUUUCUGCGGGAGCAGCCAGAUCGAAACGUUGUGACAGCGACCCUGUCGGCGGGGUUGGGCAGAGAACAGGGCAAUGGGACGGCUGUGGGCGCGACCCAGCGGGACCCGAAGGCAUUGUCGCAGCGGCCCCGUUUUUCAUUUGCUUCCCACGCGAUGGUCGUGUCCCACCCACAUCUUCCUUUUUUUCUCACUCGUCACAGUGAUGGGUGUGUGGAUUUGUACUCCUUCACCUCCAACGAGUGCGUGGCGACUUUCCUCUGCCAUGGAAGUCACGUGGUGACAGAUAUCGCAUACUCGUCCACUGGGUACGUGUUCGCGGCAGGCCUGGCAGACGGAAGUGUCUCUGGAUGGCGUUUUAACCUCAGCAACUCGUCGAACGAUCCACUUUUUUCGCACCAUCUCCUUCCGCCCGGCGGGGUGAAAGUGACGCUCUUCUUUGAAAAUCAGCACUCGCUACUUAUUGUGGCUGGCUUUGACUACGCCAAGGAGAAGAGCUCAGCAGAGACGGCGCCGAGGGGAAGACGGGGAGGUGGUGGAAUUUUUUACAACAGUCGGGCGGGCGAUCGCGAUCAAAACUUCGUUGGUGUAAUCCUUUUGGUGGAUCUUGUGGUUAAUGGAGGUGCAGUGUUGGUACGCCGUGAGCUGCCGUUUGUGCCGGAGCAUGCUGUAUACAUGACAGGCCUUGACCUUGUCUUGUGCGUCGCAGUCGACGGCCGCGUUUUGUUGUUUGAUAUAUGGAAGUCACACCUGUACAUUCUCGGGAACGCACCGCCCGUCUCCCCGUGCAUUGCUGUUUCCUGUGUUGCAGUGAGUCACUACGACGACGUUCUUGCCAUCGGCACGCAGGAUGGGCAUGCGCUGCUACUGCGAUUUCACACCAUCCUUGAGGCAAAGUCCUCAUGUCUGGAGGAAGCGUCAUGUGAGUCCAAAAUGGCUACAUAUGUCACGGGGGAGAACGUGCUUUACAAAGCCUCUCGUCUGCAGCUAGCGCCAGUGCUGAAGUCGCACUCUGGUGUUUCUUGCAUGGUUUUUGCCCCAUCUGUGCUGCUGGCCGGUCUUAACGAUGGCAAACUUGUUGCAGCGAUGCUUGUGCCGCAUGCUCUUCGUCAAGGCGGUCCACUGUCGCAGAUGCUGUGA